CUUCGGGGCUCCUUACGCGACUUCCACCACCUCUUCACUCACCCUCGCCUUCAGAGGUCAAGACAGAAGCAGUGUCGUAUGGAAUCUAGCCUCGAGAGAAGAAGUACACUGACUUCGAGCCUCCUCCGCCGCUGACCUCCGCUUGACUCGAUCACCUGGACUUCGGGGCGUAGCCGGUUGUCCGCAACGAGUCCGAACCCUGUGCCAACUCUGUCGCCAUCGAUUCCGAAUUCUCGACUCAUAUACCUCACCAUGGACCAUUUGCCUCCGCUCACAUCCGUCUCUUGUUUCCUACACUCACAUUCACCCCACCAUGUCUGCUGAAGCGCGCGCGAUCAACUUUGGCGCCGGCCCGUCCGCCCUCCCCCAGUCCGUCCUCGAGGAGACGGCGAAGGGGCUCCUAAACUUCGAGGGAACGGGCAUUGGGAUCGCUGAGAUCUCUCACCGGUCGAAGGAGUUCACCGCGUACGUGCGCAACCUCGAGAGCCUCAUCCGCGAGCAGCUCGAGGUGCCCCCCACGCACCACAUCAUCUUCACGCAGGGCGGCGGCACGGGCCAGUUCUCGGCCGUAGUGCUCAACAUGCUCGCCCGCCAUCGCCUGCUGCACCCCGAGCUCACGGACGAGGAGCGCGUCUUGGACUACGUCAUCACGGGCUCCUGGUCGAAGAAGGCGUGCGAGGAGGCGAAGCGCCUGGGCGGCGGGCGCGUGAACGUCGUCGCGGACGGGCGCAAGCACUCGCAGGACGGCAAGUCGUUCAAGAGCAUCCCACCCCCGGACACGUACACGUUCUCGGAGAACCCGGCGCUGAUCUACUACUGCGAGAACGAGACGGUGGACGGCGUGCAGUUCGCGCAUACGCCCGGGACUACCGCGUUCCCCUACGAUCGCUUGCCGAAGAACGCGCUCGUCCCCCUCGUCGCGGACUACUCCUCGUCCUUCAUGUCGCGACCUAUUCCGCGGCUCGCAGAUCACGCGAUUAUCUACGCUGGCGCGCAGAAGAACAUCGGUCCCGCUGGUCUUACGAUCCUCAUCGUCCGCCAGGACUGCGUAGUGGACGUCGAUGCUGCGGCGAAGCUCGGCGCGGUCCCCACACCAAUCACGAUGUCCUACAAGACGCUCGUUGAGUCCGGCAGCUUGUACAACACGCCUUCGGUGCUGCCUCUAUACAUGACUGGGCUCGUCGUUCAGCGCAUGAAGCAGUUGGGCGGCCUUUCGUACUUCGAGCAGACGAACAAGAGCAAGGCGGAGAAGGUGUACGCGGUGCUCAAGGAGGGCGAGGCCAAGGGCAAGCUCCGCGGGAAGGUGCAGGAGGGCUCUGGCAGCUGGAUGAACGUCGUGUUCGAUGUCCUGGGCGAGGGCGAGGAGGCAAAGUUCUUGGCUGGCGCGGAGGCAAGGAAUCUCAAGGGUCUCAAGGGCCACAGGUCGGUUGGUGGCAUACGUGCGUCUCUCUACAAUGCGGUGACGGAGGAGGAUACGGACAAAUUAGUCGAUUACAUCAAGGAGUUCAUCGCCUAGUAUAUGGAUUGUCGAGGGAAGAGUAUGGCGCUUUAGAAUUACUGUACGAGCACCGUAUUAAGGGCUCACGGAUACGCUGUAAAUUAGACCUGCAGCUUCAACGCUGAUUUCACUAAAGCCAUGUGUCGCUUGGUGGCGGCGCCUUGCGGCAGCAUCCCACACGUGCGCAA